AUGGAGGCUAUUGUUUUCAAUUUAUUUCUUGAUGUUCCUGUAAUAACUAGAGCAUGGAUAAUUGGAUGUAUUGGAGUAUCCAUAUUGACGUCGACGGGAGCAAUCAGUAGAACAGACAUUUUUUAUAAUUAUGAAUUAGUAUUCCAUAAGAGGCAAUAUUUACGGGUCAUAUAUUCACUUUUCGACCUAGGUGAGUUUAGUUGGUCUACGAUAGUAGAUAUAUUCAUAUCAGCGAAUCAUUUGAGCACACUAGAAAACAUUCUGGGCAGCAAACGAAGGUUUCUAUGGAUGACUACAUUGAUUCUAACAUUUCUUCUCAUAAUGACCUCAAUGGUACAACCCUCAACUUCAUUGGGAGUCCUACUGCAUCAAAAUUUAGUGUAUUAUCUAUACAAGACAGGAAACGAUGGCAUAAAUGUUCCAUUGCUUGGUGGGAACCAGCUUAUAUUUGCGUUGUUACCAUUAAAUAUGGCUUUGGUAAUGUAUUUUGUGGCGCAUAGAAGCUUAGUUGAAGUGUCCUUAAGUUUUAUGGCGGGUCAUAUGUUAUAUUACUGUGAUAAUGUGUUGUUGAAGUUAUAUGGGUUUGAUAUGUGUAAGACACCGUAUGAUUACUGGAUAGAAUGGAGACAAGGAAAUGGAUCAGUCGAAGAUUAA